AUGGCUUCUUGUGAGGAAGAUUUCUUUGCUCUUUGUCAAGAUCAAAUUGAUAAAGAGGAAGGAGAACAAAGACUAGGUAGUCCUUCAAAUGAACCUGUAGCACCAAAAUCCAUCAGCUUUGACAUGUGGAAUGGAUGCACCCUCAGUAACUUCAGUUCCAAGCUUGGUCAAAAUAAGCUCUUCAAACCUGUUUGUGUUUAUGUGCUUGAAAAGGUUGUCAAGUAUUUGAGUGAGAUCGAUAUUGAGUACUUUGUUUGUGGUGGUACAGCUCUGUCAGUUUACAGGGAAGAUGGAAAAAUGAUCCGCCAUGAUGGGGAUGUAGACAUCGCCAUUUUCGAGUGUAGCUUUUCAAGUGUUCUGCAGAAUCUACCUUCCUUUACCGCUAUGCAAGACGGUUUUAUUCAUGUGUCUAACAAGUGUCCUGUGAGUGGGAUAAGUUGGUUUGAUGAACAUGGAAGGGAGAUAUUGUACAAUGGAAGUGGUGGAAAACGACUUAAAUUCUGUGCCAGCAGAAAGCUGUGGGAUAGAUUCGGAAUUCGAAAAGAUUUGUUGUUUGACCCUGGUCUGGUCCAUUUGGAUGUGUUUACAUUUGCACAACAUCCAGAUGACCACAGUUGUUUUUGCUAUAACUGGAAUAUUCCUGGGAGAUACGAAUACAGGCGAAAGCAAUUCCCAAAGACGUGUAUCCUGCCUCUGAAACCGUACAACUUUGAAGGUGUUUCUGUUAAGGGACCAAACUGUUUGAAGACUUUCCUUGAGGUGGAGUAUGGCUAUUUGGGCCGUGAUGCCAUGUUCGACUUCUCGUCCCAACUUUAUGUGAAAAUUCCUCAGUCUGUUUAUGAAAAACUACCAAAGAAGAUAAGGAAAUUUUUGACCAGCAACGAUUAG